AUGGCGAUUACCUCUUCACGCUAUUUCGCUUUGAUAAUCUUCUCCACUAUACUGAUCUGCUUCGGGAGCACCUUCGCCAUUGAUGAUGGACAAGAGCAACCACCAAGCUUCGCGCCGAUUCCGCCAUUACCGUCUCCACAAGACUUUCAAAAUCAGCAAUCCUUCUUCUCAAACAUAGCGUUACUGCCGCAUAUCCUCUCUCAACUCGGCUACAAUGACUUGGCCACGGCGGCUCCGUCUCUCUCUGCAGAUUCAUCUCCAGCGGCCUGGAUCGGACCUUUCACUCUUUUCGCUCCGUCUGACGUGGCGCUCCGCUCAUGCAUCUCUUGCUCCGUUCCAAACCUCCUCCGGGAGCACAUCGUUCCUGGCCUCUUCAGCAUGGACUACCUCCGGACUCUUGCGUUCGGCACCAAGAUCGAGACCUUGAGCCCCGGUCGCUGCCUAACGAUCACCGCGGAAAGAUCUCCCGGGAGCAAUGAAACGGCGUCGUCGAAGAUCUUCAUUUCUGGCUUGGAGAUCACGCAACCAGAUCUGUUCAAUAAUGGCCUUGUCAUCGUUCACGGUCUCAAACAGGACGGCGGUUUCGUUUCUCCUCUUUCUCCACUCUCUUGUGAUAUCGAAAGGAUCACCAGUACUUUCAACAUCAAUCCCGAUCACUAUCGCGGCGGCCAACAGCGGCCGACCUCUUCUCCUUCGAUCCAGCCUUCGAUCAUCACUCGCCUUAUGCUUAGGGACGCCAUGCUCAGACUCCGCAACAACGGUUUCGGCAUCCUUGCUCUCGCCAUGAAAAUCAAGUAUCCGGAGCUCGUAAAUCUAAGUAACAUGACGAUCUUCGCUCUCGAUGAUAUCUCAAUCUUCUCCGGCUCCCAGUCUUACAUCAACAACAUCAGGUUUCACAUCGUCCCUAACAUUUACUUGACAUUCGAGGAUCUCGAGAGAUUGCCGCUGGGAACGCUUCUGCCGACUCUGGUGCAGGAUCAAACGCUUGUGAUCACCACUUCCGGUGCUGGAGGAUUGAACCCCGCGCCAAUGAGAAUCAACUACGUGAGGAUUAAAGUUCCCGAGGUGAUUAAGAACCUCAAGGUCGUCAUCCAUGGCGUGUUCUUGCCGUUCCCGCAUAUUCAUCCAGUGGCCGCCGUGUAUGAUGAGAUUCUUGGAGGAGGAUCAGCCGGAUCAGGAGGUGGAGGAUCAUCAUCAGAUAUGUCGUCAACUCGUGUUGAAGGAACGUGCUAUCCUUUCUUUGGGGAAGGAGCUUGUGUUCAGGUCGCCAUGCCUCCGACCAAACCGACGGUGGACAUCGAAGAUCACCAUGGACUGUGAGUACGUACGGGGGGAAGUAUGCUAGUGUUAGUGUUGUUAUUUUACAGUCUCGUUAUUUUUGGGGGGCUUCUUUCUUUUGACUCUGGUAGGCGACUGGUCUGUGUCCGUACAUACCGGUAUUGCUUGUAACGUUUGUGUACGAAUGACGAGUCUUCACAGGUCUCUUUUGUUGAAUUUUGC